ACACUGCCUACGAAGGGAGUUACAACAACUACAUUACGUUGACCACCCAGAUCUCCAAUAUCGUCUUCCAGGCUAUUCUGCUCAAGUUCAUGCAUCUCUUCUCCCUGCGCUUACGGAUCCUGCUCCCCUUCGCGUUGCUGCUGGUGAUGUUCAUCAUACAGAUUACCUUCAGGACACUUGCUCACCCCAGAGUUGGUGCACACGCGGGUCAUAAAAACGGUCUCAGGGUUAUAGAGGGAUAG